AAGUACAUUUUAGUUGAGGUGCAGUUGAUAUGAAUUUGGCUGGGAGUCCCCAAGAUUCCGGACAGAGCAGUUCGUAGUGAUCGAACCCGAGUAUAGUUUAUUAUUUUGAAGAAUUAUUUUUAUAUACUUUAUAUUUUUCUGUACAUAAUAUAUUAUUUUCUAAAUAAGGGCAAUAAGAAUGGAACUUAAUUCUCUUCUAAUUCUUCUGGAGGCUGCUGAAUACUUGGAAAGAAGAGACAGAGAAGCAGAACAUGGUUACGCAUCGGUUUUACCGUACAAUAGUGACUUUUCCAGAAAGAAAACGAAAGCUUCGCCACUUUCAAGGAAAACGCAGAACAAUAGGUCAUCACACAACGAGCUGGAGAAACACAGACGUGCCAAACUACGGCUGUACCUGGAGCAGCUGAAGCAGCUGGUGCCUUUGGGUCCGGACAGUACUCGACACACCACACUGAGCCUGCUCAAGAGGGCCAAGAUGCACAUCAAGAAGUUGGAGGAGCAGGACAAGAAGGCUCUGAAUGUGAAGGAGCAGUUGCAGCGCGAGCAUCGCUACCUCAAACGACGUCUGGAGCAGCUGUCCGUCCAGGGCCUGGAGCGCGUCCGCACCGACAGCAUGGGCUCCACCAUCUCCACCGACUCUGAGCAAGACGUGGACAUCGAGGGGAUGGAGUUCACCCCGGGCGAGGCGGACAGCUUGAGCAGUGUGAGUGACGGGGAGGAGGACCACUACAGCCUGCAGAGCAGCUCCAGCGAUGGCAGCUACGUGCACUCCCACAGACUGCAGCCUGUCCUGUGCUAGGCCCCGUCCCCGUCCCCUGUCCCCCACCCACCCCAGGGGCCACGACUGCCUGUCCUCUCGGAAGCGGCUGCAGAUGUUCGGCUCGCCGCUUCCUCUCUCAGAGACACCCCCACCCCCCAGUCCAAACACUCUUUCCACACCGCAGAAACGGAUAGCUGAGCAGUUCUUGCUUUCUGUGGUGGAACUGUGCGGUGCUCAGCUUUGACUUGCCACUGAACCGUGUGCUGCACAGGUCUGUUUGUGCGUGUAUGUGUGUGUACGUGUGUGCGCAUGGAGAGUGGGGGCAAAACACUUCCUAUUUAAUAUGAAAUAUAUGUGUAGAAAGAAAAGCUGUUGCUAUGACUGUAGCUACACUAUGUAGAUACACUAUGCACCACAUAGUAUGUUUCUGAAAGAGGGAAAUGACCAAGCAUUUUUCCUUGACAGAAGAAAAAUAUAUUUAUUCAUGUCCGCUGUGCUCCACAUAAUGUCCAGCACUUCUGAUAAGUGCAGCUUCUACACCUCCAUUUUACACAGUAUCUAUGUGUGCAGCAGAGUAUGCGCUGAAGCAGUCCUGGCUGAAAUUUUAGUGGAGAGCACAGCAGCGUGGCUUAGAGGUCUCAAUCCCACAAGCCUCUUCCAACCACUACUUCACUGCUGUCCGCUGCCCUGCCCACUGCGCUACUGUGGAUGUGCUGUUACAGGGUUUUACUUCAUUUCCACCUGUCAGGACUGGCGUGUGACAUCACCGCUAAUUGAACCCUUUGAAGAAUAGGUGCUUUGCCACUUUUUUACAGAAUCUAGAACUCUACCAGUAGUGAUGGUUACAUCACGUAUUUGUGGUCUUAUACCUUAAAGGGUUAAAAGGACAAUGCACUGAAGCUAUGCCACAUAAGCUAUGAUCUAUUGCACAUUCACAGCAGCAGAGUGGUUUAGCUAAGGGGAAGCUACAGCUCCAGGGAACGAUAAUGGGAGCAGUUCUGGAGGUUUUCUGACCUUCCAGUUUGGGUGGGGAGGGUGCAGGGUCUAGGGCGGGGCGAGAGAUGGGGAGACAGGGGCUCU